AGAAUAAGGUGUUGUCCAUCGUUGCUGAGUGCAUGCAUGCACUCAUUCCACUUGGGCAGUUCCUCCGCCCCUCACUCUCGAGAGACUUUUCCCCUUCUUAGUCAAUGCGCAAUCUGAUAGUGAAACGAUGCGCUCCAAACCCGAUGACAACACCAAGUUCUGACUUCCAAUAGGGUCAUUCAAACGCGUUUCUAGCAGAAUGGGCGUUGUGUUUGUCGAUAGAAAGAUCGUUGGUAUUGGCGUGUUGGUGGGUGUGACCAUUUUUGUGGUAGGCAUUCUUAUCGGGUAUUUUAGCACUUCGAGUGGCAAUGGAUCCACGGCAUAUGAACACAAACAAGGUAUAGAUCCUGAGUUCUUGGAGGAAGCACUGGCUUCGGUUGAGUCGGAGAAACUCCGAGAUUAUCUGGAGUUUCUCACACGGGAACCUCACAUUGCCGAACUGAGACGCGAUCAAGAGUUGGUGCAGUGGACCCAAGACUCUUGGGAGCAAGCUGGAUUGGAUCGUGUCGAGCAAAUUGGUUACGACGUACUGCUCACGUGGCCCAAUCAGACCAAACCAAAUAAGAUCUACCUACUGGAUGGACAAAAUCGGGUUCAAUUCACCUCCCGGCAUCAAGAAGAUGAGUUGCACGACGGUGAUGACCACCCUGAGUUCGUCCACGCUUUCAAUGCUUACUCGGCUACGGGCGAGGUCACGGGUAAACCUGUCUACGUUAAUUACGGCCGCGUCAAAGAUUUCCAAGAUCUGGAAACGCUGAAUGUUUCCGUGAAAGGAAGGAUUUGUGUCAUGCGGUAUGGCAAGAUUUUCCGAGGAAACAAGGUCCAACAUUGUGAACAGCGUGGUGGAAUUGGCGCCAUCUUGUUCUCGGAUCCCGAGGAAGUGGCCCCAUUUGGCACCGAUCCCGAGAAUGUCUACCCCAAUACAUUUUUUCUCCCUGGAAGUGGCAUUCAGCGAGGUAGUGCCUUCAUCGGAGACGGAGAUCCACUGUCCAUGGGGUACCCAUCAGUCCCCAACGCCUACCGGAUCAGGGUUGAAGACGCUGAUUUGUUGCCCAAGAUCCUAAUUCAACCCAUCGGCUAUGAUGACGCCAAAGUUAUUUUAGAGAAAAUGGGCGGAAAACCGCCCCCCGAGGAAUGGAAAGGUAAAAUUGAGGGCGUUGACUACCGAUUGGGUGGUGAGAUGUUACCCGCCUUUGCUGAUUGGAACAUCAAGAUGAAUGUGAACAACUACAACGACACCGUGAGCAGCAUCAACGUCAUUGGUUAUCUCAAGGGCAGGGUUGAGCCUGAUCGCUAUGUUUUCGUGAGUAACCACAGAGAUGCGUGGGGAUACGGAGCAAUGGACCCUUCAUCUGGUACGGCCCAAGUCAUGGAAAUGGUCCGCAUUCUAGGGAAAUUGCAUCAGGGCGGCUGGAGCCCCCGACGAACGAUAGUCUUUUGCAGUUGGGGCUCAGAGGAAUAUGGCAUUUUGGGCUCUUACGAGUGGGUGAUGGAUAAGGUGAGCAAAAUCAUGGCUCGCUCUGUGGCUGUGAUCAACGUGGAUGUUGGUGUCUCAGGGCCCAUUGCCAGGCAUAAGUCCUCGCCCAUCCUUCGAGAGCUCGUUUAUGAAGCGGUCAAGCAAUCCUCAGAUCCAACGAUGACAGAUAAUGAAGGUACAAGCUCUCGAAGUUACUACGAUUUCUGGAAACUAUGGUACAACCAAGACAAAACUGAUCCUAACCAACCCGACGAGGAACCAGAAAUUGGACUCAUUGGCUCGGGCUCCGACCAUGCCGCGUUUGCUUUCUUUGCGGGCGUUCCCGCUGUGGAUAUCAGGUAUCGCGAUGAUCCCAAGAAAUAUAAAGGUGUAGGCACUUACCCCAUGUAUCAUACCGGCUUUGAGACCUUCUACUUGGUGGAUAAAAUCGUGGACCCCGGAUUCAAGAUCUACAAGACAUCCACAGAAACGAUGCUCAGUCUCACUUUGAGCAUGUCCGAAUCUCAGAUCAUUCCGUAUGCUCUGGAGCGAUAUCCCGAAGCCAUGCAAACUACCAUGAAAUCGUUUCAGGACUCAAAUGUGAGCCAUUUACUAGAACAUAAUGGAGCCUCACUAACCUUUCUGGUUCAAGCCAUUGAUGAAUUUGAGACGGCUGUGAAAGACUUCGUCACUCGAUUGAGAGAGCUUGAUACCUCGAACGAGCUUCAAACGCGUCAAAUCAACGACCAGAUGAUGCAGUUGGAGCGCGUGUUCAUUAUGCCACGUGGUUUGCCAGGAAGACCAGAUGCAAGGCAUGCCAUUUUCGCUCCAGCGAAGUUUAACAGUUAUGGCGGCUCAGCCUUCCCAGGGAUUUCUGACUUAAUUCACGAGAUUGAAAAGCUCCAGGGAAAAGCGUUAGCUCAACGUUGGGAGCAGAUCAAACGUCACGUGUCGGAUCUCAUGAUUCUUGUGCGAAAUGCUGCUGACUUCCUAAAACCUCUAGAUGAUAUUUGAGGCUUUUUAAAUUUCCUAAGAGGCAUUGAAUGUGAAAAUAUCUUGUUAUGCCAUGCCUAUCUCAUAUUUACCGUGUACCAAUGAAUAAAUGUACAAGGAGUA